CAAUACAAUUCAACAAGACUGUAUAAAAGGUAAAAUUAAUUACUGUUAUAUGCUCGCGAGUUCGGCAGUAGUGCGGUGUGCGUGGAAAGGGUGCAGCAUCGGCGACACGAGGCUUAGAGGGGAAGAAAAUCUGUGAAUGUAAAGUUGUAAUAAAAGUUUCGUAGGAAGACUUUAAAGAGUUACGAACGAAAAAAAAUAGAGAAAAGAUAUUCCUUCAUUCGUGAACCGAGUAUCAGUGUCACAACUCGACGACAAUCUCGGCGUGCAAUUGGUACGUACACCUACUCAACUGCCUGCCUACCUACCUACAUCGUGACUCUGGGUAGUAGUGGGUAUUUUCUCUCUCUACAUGAAGUCAUGGCGGUGUAGCAGCAGCAGCAACAGCAGCAGCAGCGGCGGCGGCGACGACAGAAGAAGGCAAAAGCGAACGACAGGAAACAACCAGAGAAUCUAAUCACAGUCAGACUUGGAAGUCGUUGCAACGAAAUCGAAACGGUGGAAGUCGUAAAAAAACAAAAAUAAAACAACAACAACAACAACAAUCAUACACCAUAUAUCGUAAUAUCUACGGGAAAUCAAGGAUCCCCAGAGAUACCAACCGCGAGAUAGGCGUCAGAUCUAUCUCGCUGAAAGAGACCAAAGACACGACGUGGCGGAUUCGGUGACCUCUCGGCUGUGACAGCGAGCACAGAUAGAUAGGCCGAGAGAUGCGCGAAUACAAGAUAGUCGUGCUAGGUAGCGGAGGUGUCGGCAAAUCUGCCCUCACCGUCCAAUUUGUCCAAGGUAUAUUCGUCGAGAAAUACGAUCCGACAAUUGAGGACAGCUACCGUAAACAGGUGGAGGUUGACGGGCAGCAAUGCAUGCUCGAAAUUUUAGACACUGCUGGCACGGAACAAUUCACGGCCAUGAGGGACCUUUACAUGAAGAAUGGUCAGGGCUUCGUACUGGUCUACUCGAUAACGGCACAGUCGACAUUCAACGACCUUCAGGAUCUUAGGGAACAGAUCCUCCGGGUAAAAGACACGGACGACGUGCCAAUGGUACUCGUAGGCAACAAGUGUGACUUGGAGGAUGAGAGGGUAGUCGGAAAGGACCAAGGAGUCAAUCUGGCCAGGCAAUUCAAUUGCGCGUUCAUGGAAACCUCUGCCAAAGCCAAAAUUAACGUUAACGACAUCUUUUACGACCUGGUGCGACAAAUCAACAAGAAGUCACCGGAGAAAAAGAUAAAGCAAAAAAAGAAAGGGCUAUGCCGACUUCUGUAAAGAGAGAAAUGGGCCUAAACCCCCCAUCGUAUCCUUGUACGCGAAAAUACAUACGAAAGAGAUAAACAAAUGAACAUAUGCAUAUAUAUACAUAUAUAUAUAUGU